AUGGAUUGCGAGAUAUCGCGGGAGCUAGUGGUUGCCGCCUACAUCGCUAUAUGGGUUCUAGUACCGAUAGCCACCCUUAUUGCUUUCACAACGCGGGGCGAUAAAGUGACAAAAGCCAAGUUGACAGAAAUGAGGAAUAAAUGGGUGGAGGAUAAGGAUUAUCUGCUGAAUGAAUCAAACGCCUUAUUCGAUCGGGAAGCACACUUGAUAGAGAUGAUUCAAUGCAGACGGAACCGGAUGAUCGACGACGUUGUUGUUGAUGCUGAUGCUCUAGAGUCGAUGGAUCCAUUUGAGAAGGAACUUGAUCAACAUAAGUUAAAAAUUCGAGAGAAUUGGUGUCGGAUUGCGGAUCUGCUGGAUCGAUACUCUGAUUGA